GUGGUUUCGCUAUUUUGCGCAGAUGUUGUUCUUGAUACGUUUCGGGUUCUUGGUGGUGGAGUGUUUGGCGAAGUGGUGGUUUUGGCUUGCCAACUGGUCCAGACCCCGCGGAGAAUUGCCUCCUGUUGACGACGAAGUCUUGCUGGACUCAGCCGUGACCUUAGCGAAAAAAAUCCGCAGAAAACAGGUGACAUGUGAGCGGGUUGUUCAAGCAUGCAUACGAAGAACCCAGCAAGUUGGCCCAUUGCUGAACUGCGUGGCGGCGACGCGGUUCGAGGCGGCUGUGUCCGAGGCCCGGAAAGUGGACGCCUUUCUGGCCAGCACUCGGAUUGGCGCCGAUGACCUGGCUCGGGACAUGCCCUUUCUCGGCGUGCCUUUCACCUGCAAGGAAAGUUUAGCUGUUGCAGGCAUGGAACAAUCUUGCGGAUUUUUGCCAAGAAAGGGUUACAUAGCAACUGAGGAUUCCCCCGUUGUGAAAAUGAUGAAAGAUGCCGGAGGAAUUCUUAUUGCUACUACCAAUGUUCCCGAAUUGGCUUUUUGGUGGGAAACCGUCAGUCGGCAGAGGGGGGUAACACUGAAUCCCUAUGACUUCAGGCGAACGCCAGGCGGCUCCAGUGGCGGCGAAGCAGCACUCGUGGCAUCAGCCGGUUCGCCAAUUGGAAUCGCUACUGAUUUUUAUGGGUCAAUCAGGAUCCCUGCGAAUUUUUGCGGCAUCUUUGGACACAAACCAUCUGGAAGGAUUGUGCCGAGUGGGGGUCAUUUCCCCGACGGUGGGGAAAAGGUCGAGGGCACGUUUGUGGUCGGACCCGUCGCCAGAACUGCCGCUGAUUGCGAGGCUGUCAUGAACGUGCUCAGCAGACCUUCCACAAAUAAACUUGUUCCAAUGAAAAAGCCACUGAAGAACCUGAAAGUUUUCUACAUGCCCCAUGACUGCGGCGGCCUUUUGACCUCGUUUGUGAAUGACGAAGUCGAAGACAUGCUCUUGACUCUAGUAGCCAGGCUCAAUUGCGAUGGAGCAACAGCCAAGAAGGUGCGAAUCCCGGAAGCCGGAUGGGCAUCAUUGCUUUUCUUGUUCGAGUCCAUAGAAAGGGGAGGAAGGGAUUCCUUGAGAUUGAGGAUGAAUUAUCCGAACAAAGGUCCCUUGAACCCAUUCAAGGAAUUAUUUUGGUAUGUCAUGGGCAAAUCCAUCCAUGUCUGGCCACUGGUGCUUUCUGCACUGGUGGAAUAUUUUGCGACAGCUUUAUUGCGAACUCCGGUCCGAGGACUGGUUUUCCGGCGACUUGCCUCCGUGAGGCAAAAAUUCCGGGAUUUGUUGGAUACUGACGAGAACACAGUGUUUUUGUAUCCAACCAUGCCACACACGGCUUUAUUCCACGGGCAACCCUGCGUUGUUCCUUUCAACGCGUCGUACACUGCUUUACUCAGCAUUUUGCAGUUGCCCGUGACCCAAGUGCAUCUUGGAAUGUCCAGCGAUGGAUUGCCCAUCGGAGCCCAGGUUGUUGGUGGACCAGGAAAGGACUGGUUGACACUUGCAGUCGCAGAGGAAAUUGAAAAUAAAUUCGGCGGAUGGAAGCCACCAUUUCCUGUUCUUCAUGAAAACACCGAAAUCCGG